ACUACGCCUGCCUUGUAUGGCUAGUUCGGUGACGAUCGCGGGGAUGUUCGCGCAUGAAUGUUCUUCCUUGGGGCCACAGAUUGCGAUCGAUGACGUUUUAGGAUGUUGACUAAUGUCCCGAAUGUGUGCUCUUUAGAUCGCCACACAAUCAGAGUUGCCCAUCUGCAUCCGCACUCUGCUAAAGUAGCUCAUCGCGAAUCACUGAGCCUAUCCGCAUAGUUGAAUAUGACAAAAUACGUACUGACGGGUGCGACUGGUGGGCUUGGCUCGCAAGUGCUCCUGUUCCUUCUGCAUCUCGUGCCUGCUUCCGAUAUCAUCGUCUCGCUACACAACCCUGCCGGCGCAUCGCCCACGAUCGUCGCGUCUGGCGUCGACAUCCGACAAGGCGACUACGCCGAUCCAGCUUCCCUGCACAAGGCCUUCUCAGGUGCCGACAAGCUCCUGCUCGUCUCCUACCCCUCCAUCGCGUACGAGCUCCGCGUGCGCAUGCACAAGACCGCGAUCGACGCUGCCAAAGCCGCCGGGAUCAAGCACAUCUACUACACCAGCCUCGCGUUUGGGUACGGCGCACAUCGCGACCUCGUGCCCUCCGGAGAGCGCGAGAGUGUUGCGGAGGUGAUGCAGGCGCACCUCGACACAGAGGCGUACCUCAAGCAGAGCGGAAUAACGUACACGAUCAUCCGGGAGGGCAUCUACAGCGAGAGCUACCCGCUCUACUUUGGGUUCUGGAGCCCGACCGAGGGCAUGGGCGAGGUCGUCGUCCCGUAUGGAGACGGCGGGAUCGCAUGGGUGAACCGCCCGGAUUUGGGCGAGGGAACGGCGAGGAUCAUCUCUGCAGAGAACGGAUACGAAAACCGCACGCUCCUCCUCUCCGGCACCCGCGUCGUCACCCUGUCCACCCUCGCCUCCACCAUCUCUUCCCUCCUCGGACGGACCAUCCGUCUCAAGGUCGUCUCCGAAGAGAAUAUGUCGCCACGCACACAGGCCGUCCUGGCCCUCGCGGCGAGGCCGACUUCCUCAGGAAAUGGGCGACACCUACCGCGCGUUGAUACGUGGCGAGUGUGCCGUUGCGGACCCAACGCUAAGGAGAUCAUCGGGAGGGAACCGACAUCGUUUGAGGAGACGGUCCGGGGUAUGCUAGGCGUCCGCGGGGAGGGCGUGGUGGAGCAGUACGCGAAGUGAUUACCAGACGUGUAAGGUUCUUACGUUGUCGGAGAACGCUACGUGUUGUUGGUACAUGUACUACUAUGUUACCCUUCUUCACGCCGACCUCCU